AUGAGAAGGAAUAAUGAACGUACCUAUUCAAAUAGUCUACUCCCCAAAACCCCAAUACGAUAUAGUACUGGAGGGAGCGGAACAUCGUCAAUCCCGGAUGUAAAUUUUACCAAUGACUUAGAUAAACAAUAUAAAAGGCGGUUUACUACUACUCCCCCAAGACCAGCGAUUUCUCGAACACAGGCGAAAAGACCUACCAAUAGUAAUGAAUCAACUUCUGUUAGAGCGUCUUUAAUAGGAUCCUCGGACGGGAAUAAUUCGAUAAUACCAAAUGAUAAUAAUGAUAAUUGUAGUAAUUACUCUCCAGAUAAGAAUUUGACAUCUUUCCAUAAGGAUAGUAUAGUGGAGUUAAACCAAUUACAGGAGGAAUUGUUUCAAAAGAAAACAAUUUUUGAUAAUUUAAGAGACGAACUAAACGUAAAUAAAGAUGAGUAUGCUAAUUUACAAUCUGAAUGGGAGAAACUGUACAAGGAAAAGAAUAGUAAAGAACAACUAUUGAAAUCAAAGGAAAAUGAAAUUAGGAAUUUGAAUGAAAAGUUAACUAAUAAGAAAAAAUAUUUAAAUGAAGGACAUCAAUUACAUUUGAAACAAUUGGAAGCUAAGAAUAAUGCUGAGUUUAAUAAAAUGGAAAAUGAGUAUCGCUUGAAAAUUGAGAAACUGAAACAAAGUAAAAUCAAAAAAUUUGAAGAUAACAGAAAUGCGUUAUUGAAUAAAGUGGAAGAUAUUUCAAAUAAAAUUCUAACUAACGAUGAUACUCUAAAAGUUAUGUUAGCUGAUGUGGAGGAGAAAAAUAGAACUAUAAAAGAAGAAUGGUUGCAAAAAUAUCAUGCAGAAUGGAAAACGAAUCUAGAGAUAAAUGAAAAAAUCACCAAUGAAGUUGGAUCUCUCAAUGAAAGAAUUGAAAAGGAAUUAGAACCCAAGGCGAAAGCGCAAAAGUCGGAAAUCAAAAACCUUAAAGAAAAGCUAGAUGACUUGCAAAACAUCUUGAAAACGACCCAAAGUGAGUCAUCGAAUUUAGAGAGCGAAAUUCUCGAAAAUGAUCUAAAGGUUGAAGAGAAAUUGAGACGUAAAGUUGAACUAGAGGAUUAUAUUGAAAAUACAGAAGUCGAUUUGAAAGAAAUCAAUGAAAUAUUGAUUAAGGAAGAAACGAUGAGACGUAGUUUACAUAAUACUUUACAAGAGUUAAGAGGUAACAUUAGAGUAUAUUGUAGAAUUCGUCCGCCGAUUUUACCACAGGAAAGCAACAACACCAGCCAUCUAAAGGUGUCUGAAUUUGAUGAUAACAAUGGUACUCAAACCCUGGAAAUACAAAAGGCAUUGAAUAAUAAUAGCAGCAAUAACUCCACAACUUUGAAAUUUAAAUUCGAUAAAAUAUUCAAUCAAAAUGAAACAAACGAUGAUGUUUUUAAAGAAGUUGGUCAAUUGGUACAAAGUUCAUUAGAUGGUUACAAUGUUUGUAUUUUUGCGUAUGGUCAAACGGGAUCAGGUAAGACUUAUACUAUGCUACAUCCUAAAGAUGGUAUCAUUCCUGCUACUAUAUCGCACAUUUUCAAUUGGACGAAUAAUUUGAAAGAAAGAGGGUGGAAAUAUGAAAUUGAAUGUGAAUUUGUGGAAAUAUAUAAUGAAAAUAUCGUUGAUCUUUUAAGAAAUGAACACGAUAAUAACGGCAAAGUCAAUGACUUGUUGGCUUCACCAUCGCAGUCUAAUUCAACUAAACAUGAAAUAAGACAUGAUCCAGAAACUCAAACAACUAAGGUAACAAAUAUAACGACGUGUAAGCUUGAUUCAAAGAUCACUGUAGAUAACAUCCUACGAAGAGCAAAUAAAUUGAGAUCAACAGCUAGUACACUUUCGAAUGAACAUUCUUCACGUUCCCAUAGUAUCUUUAUUAUCCAUUUGAAGGGGACGAAUGAAAUAACUGGAGAAAAGUCAUAUGGUAUUUUAAACUUGGUUGAUUUAGCAGGUUCAGAAAGAAUUAAUUCAUCCCAGGUAACUGGGGAAAGAUUAAGAGAGACUCAAAAUAUCAAUAGAUCUUUAAGUUGUCUCGGUGAUGUCAUUCAUGCUUUAACAGGCUCGGAAAAGGACAAAGAGAAUGCGAAGAAAAGACAUAUUCCUUUCAGAAAUUCCAAAUUGACUUAUUUGUUACAAUAUUCAUUAAUUGGGAAUUCUAAGACCUUAAUGUUUGUCAAUAUAUCUCCUAGUAUAAAUUAUGUCAAUGAAACUUUGAAUUCUUUACGUUUUGCAUCAAAAGUUAAUUCCGCAAAAAUGGGAGGAGCAACUAUAUCGAAAUAA